CGGGCCAACCAGGAAUUUUUGAGCAACUGCAGCUUGCUUCCCAAGAGCCUCGACGCCUCGGGACGCUCCAUCUGCACUGCACUGCCUGCACUGCCUGCGCCGCCUGCACUGGAACCCGUGUUGCCAAGUAAAGGGUGCACCGUCUCUCUAGCUCUGGGUAGUGGCAUGGUGAUCGACCGAUCGAUCAUGAAGACGUCGCAGUUCCGGACGGCCCUGCGCCUCCUGACGCGGCCCAGCACCAGCACCAGCACCAGCACCAGCAUCCAACAGUGCCUCCAGACCAGACACGCACACCAACAGGCCGGCAAGGCGCCAACAAUACCGUCGCCGACCCCGUUCGUCCCGGACGUCAAGACAUUCCUCACGCUCAUCGGCCGCGGCCUGAGCUCGCACACGGCCAAGUUCCCCACGUGGGAGGCGCUCUUCUCCCUGACGUCGCCGCAGCUCCGGGAGCUGGGCAUCGAGCCGCCCCGCACGCGGCGCUACCUCAUCCACUGGCGCGAGAAGUUCAAGGCGGGCCGCUUCGGCCCCGGGGGUGACAUCAAGCACGUCGAGGACGGCAGGGCCAAGCUGGCGGUGAUAGAGGUCGAGCGGGGCCCGCUGGACUUCUCGCGGCACGUCGUCAACGUACCAAUGGACAAGAAGCCCGAGGACGUCCCGCCCGAGGAGAGGGUCAGCGUCGAUGGGUACCACGUCGAGGGGAACAGCGCCGUCGUCGGCCCGUAUGCCCUGCCUAUGAAGGGGGCCCGCGCCGCCACGGUCGCCGUGACGGAGGGCAUGUGGGAGGAGAAGAGGGGCCGCAAGAUCGACGGUGGUGAGAGGAGGCGUGCCGAGGUCAGGUUCAAGAGGCGUGUCGCCGAGCGCAAGGCGGCACGGGAAUCGAUGGGCUUUGCGUGAGAUGGCUUUAGGCGCGAGGCCUAGGCUGCUGUGGGCCGCCCGAGGAUGCCCUGCAUACUGAUAUGAUAAGUCACCUUGUGUAGCCUAUAUGGCCGUUGUACAAACAUCGACACCGUUUCCAAAUCAAGCCAUGUGGGCACUGCUCGGGGCAAUUGAGGGCCGCACGUGCGCUGGAGUGUACAUUCAACCCAAACAGCACUUUAUUUACAGCUGCUGACCAGUUGAAUAACUUGGGUCCCCGCAAAUAGGACCUUUCCGAAGUCUCCAACAUAAAGUGGCGCGGUAUGUGCGUGUCUAGAAUGCCGGACAGCAUGGCCCCCUCCUAUCGAAAAUUCACGCACGUGCAGCACCCUAGAGUGAGGAAGGUCAGACAUUUGGCACAAAUGUGUCGACACACCGCGCCGAGUACUUUGUUUCACUGUCUAGCAUGCCUGAGGAUGGACAGGUAACGCAGUCAGGGUUGGGCCCCCACUGCGGCCGGGCGGGUGGUGUGCUUGCAACUGUGCCAGAAGACGAGAGGCACAGCUUUCCAUUUUGUUGAUCAUGAUGACAGUGUUUGACGCACCAACCACCGGGGUACGGAUGCAACGGCCCGCGACCUCCUUUUUCGGAGAGCACUGACAGCGCCAUGCGUGCCUGACGUCAACGUGUAGUGUCUGGUCCGGCGUGCAUAGACGCUCCCACAGGAGGCCCAGCAUUCUAACAGAGAUAGCGUGGGUUGCCAUCUGCAUAGUCGGUAUACAUGCAAAUUUGGAGGUUGCUUAAGCAUGUAUGCUUUGGAAUAAGACCUGGCUUCAUCUUGAGUUGGCCGAGGCGCUGCGAUUACACACUACACAGCUUGCACACCAGUGCAGACCAUGAGCUGAGCCCCACAAUUUAGAGUUUAGCGGGCCGGGCCGGGGCUCCCAUGCUCGCACUCCCAUGCUGUCGGGUCGAUUCAGCAAAGAGGCGAGAAGAAGUACUGCAGCGAAUUGGAUUUCGGGUGGGUAAAUGUGAUGUCUCUUGUUCCAAGGAAGGUCCAAGCAGCAUUUUAGAAGGAAGAAGGGACGGGAAAAGGCGGUGACAAAGAGGACAUGGUGAUUGGGGCGGCGAUGGUUGAUGGCAGAACUUAUUACCAGUGUGCAGUCAAGAAGCCAUCCAAUCUGGUACAACGUCAUCUGGAAUGGGAACGCGUGUUAUGUAUGGCGUCGAUCGACGGUGUUCCUCACGAUAACCGAUAA